UUAUGUGAUCUUUGGACAACUUGCGAAGAUGGCGGAGAGUACUGAACAAGCUGAGCAAUCACCUCCACCGGAGGACCUUGUGGAGGAGAAAGGAGAGGACAAGUCAGAGCAUCUUGAACUUCAACCAGAGCAGGAAACUAUGCGAUGUGUUGUGCUCACUGGAUACGGUGGUUACAACAAGCUCGAAGUGCAGAAAUACGCAAAGCCUAAGCCGAUGAAUGGACAAGUUGUUAUUCGCGUUCAUGCAAGUGGCCUUAAUUUUGCUGACAUUAUACAGCGCCAGGGAAUCUAUCCUAGUCCCAAAAAACCUCCAUUCAUUCCUGGUAUGGAAUGUGCUGGAAUUGUGGAGGAACUUGGAGAAGGUGCAACUGAGUUAGAGGUUGGGUCCCGUGUGGUUUGCCUAACAGGACAAGGUGCCUGGUCAGAAUAUGCUUGUGUCCCAGCAAAGAGUUGUUUUGUUAUCCCAGAUAGUAUGAGUUUUGAAGAUGCAGCAGCAAUCCCUAUUACAUAUCUGACAGCUUAUUUUAUGCUUUUCCUCUGUGCAAGUUUGGGUCAAAGGAAAAGUGUUUUGAUUCACAUGGCAGCUGGAGGUGUGGGUAUUGCAGCGGCGCAGCUUUGCAAAACUGUAGAAGGUGUCACAACAUUUGGUACAGCCUCAGCUUUUAAGCAUGAAACCAUCCUUGCAAAUGGAAUAGAUCAUGCUAUUGACUACAGGACUGUGGAUUAUGUCCAAGAAGUAAAGAAGAUUUGUCCAGAGGGAGUGGAUAUUGUUCUUGAUUCCCUUGGUGGUGCUGAUACCAAGAAAGGAUACAAUCUUUUAAGGCCUAUGGGUAUCAUUGUUUGCUUUGGUAAUGCAAGUGCAGUCACUGAAACCAAGAGUGUCUUUACUUCAGCAAAAAAUUGGUUUCAGGGAGCAACUUUCAAUCCUUUGCAACUGUUGAGAGACAGCAAGACUGUAUGUGGAUUUCACUUGGCACAGAUGCAUAGUCACCCAGAGCUACUAAAAUCGGGAAUGGAACAUAUCUUCUCUAAAUUUCAAGGCCCCUCUGAUUUGGAGCAAAUGCUGGGUGGAGAUUUAAGAAAAUUUUCCAUAAUGCAAACAGGAGUUGGCAAGGCCAUGCAGCGAAUGCACCAGCGUAAGAAUGUUGGUAAAAUAAUAAUAUCACCCAUGAAGGAGCCAACACUUGAACCCACACCACAGCCACCAGCUGAACCUGCACCCACAGAGGAAGAAGAUGGUAAAACAGAGGAUAAAGAAGGAGAAGAAAAAACGGAAGAUAAGGAAGGAGAAGAAAAAACAGGAGGAGAAAAAGAGGAACCCAAAGCUGAAGAGGAGAAAAAAGAAGAGGCUGCUGCUUAGAGGCUGGUAUUACGUUCGGGUGUUACCUUGUUCAUUGAGCAAUUAUGAAAAACUGGAUUUUGUUUGAUUUUGGUUGUAGGAUAUCUUUGCCUUAUUUGUAUGUAAAACAGCUUACUUAUUUUAACUCAGAAGGUGUAUAUCAGUCAGACAUAGGGGAUUUCAUGGCCUCUUUUCAUUAAUUGGAAAUGAACCUUCCAAAAGCUGUUUGCUAAGACAUACAAACGGGAAAAAGGUAAAGAAAUACUCAAAACGAAACAAAGAUGGCUGAGGAUGGAGGAGAUUAUCACGGAUUGCAAAUGAGAAAGUUAGAAAGUGUUAAAAAGUGUUCAAGGUAUCGCUCUUAUAGAGCGCUUUUCGUUUAAGUUUAUAAAACCAAAGCCAAAGUAAUCACAAGAGCCAUUCAGAGCAUAGGAAAAUAUUACAAGGAGCCAAUGAGAAUUCAAAGUAAAAACAGAAAGUUCUUAACGCGGGAAAACACGAGUGACCAAGUCGCGACUG